AUGUCGUACCAGUCUCAAAGUGGGCGGAUUGAAAGAGUAUUCCAGGCAGAGAGUGAAAUUCGUUCGUUCCUCGUUGCAAUUUAUACAGGGCAAGACGAGGACGGAGAUGUAGCUUGGGAUGCGUUUACUGGUCUAAGCAUUGAUCGAGUUUCUGGGUUGAAACCAUCACAGCUACUCAGCGACGAGGAAUUGAGCUACUACACAGAUAUUUUCGCGCGUCGAGGCCUUGCGGCGCCUUUGAUUUACUACCGAACUCGCGAAAUCAACUAUCGGGACGAAAUUCAUGGCCUCGAACAUCCGAAUAUUAGUGUCCCUGUUCUUUUUAUUCAGACUCUUCAAGACCAGGCCCUCCAUCCUCACCUUUUGCGGAGGGAAUGA